AUGAAGCCAGAAAAUCAAACUUCAUCCUCAGGCUUCAUCCUGUUGGGCCUACUUGUGGACGACAAGAUCUCAGGAAUUGUUUUUGCUAUAAUCCUUUCCAUCUUUGUGGUGGCUCUCACAGCCAAUGUGGUAAUGAUAUUUCUAAUUCAAGUGGACUCCCGGCUACAUACCCCCAUGUACUUCCUGCUUAGUCAGCUCUCUGUUAUGGACACCCUUUUCAUUUGCACCACUGUGCCUAAGCUCCUAAUUGAUAUGAUAUCUGAGGAAAAAACAAUUUCCUUUGUGGGGUGUGGAAUUCAGAUUUUUCUUUACCUGACCAUGAUUGGUUCUGAGUUCUUCCUUUUGGGGCUCAUGGCAUAUGACCGUUAUGUUGCUGUUUGUAAUCCCUUGAGAUAUCCAGUCCUCAUGAACCGCAGGAUGUGUCUUCUGUUGGCUGCAGGUUCCUGGUUUGGUGGCUCGUUGGAUGGUUUUCUCCUCACACCCAUCACAAUGAAUGUACCUUACUGUGGCUCUCGAACCAUCAAUCAUUUCUUCUGUGAGAUUCCUGCUGUCCUCAAGCUAGCCUGUGCAGAUACAACCCUCUAUGAAACCCUCAUGUAUAUAUGCUGUGUGUUAAUGCUGCUCAUUCCUAUCUCUAUCAUCUCCACAUCCUACUCUCUCAUCUUGCUCACAGUCCAUCGUAUGCGUUCAGCAGAUGGCCGAAAGAAAGCCUUUACUACCUGUUCUUCUCACCUGACUGUGGUCAGCAUAUUUUAUGGAGCAGCCUUCUAUACAUAUGUGCUGCCUCGAUCCUACCAUACCCCUGAGAAGGACAAGGUGGUGUCAGCCUUUUAUACUAUAGUCACUCCCAUGCUCAACCCUUUGAUCUAUAGUCUCAGGAACAAGGAUGUCAUGGGAGCCCUGAAGAAACUCCUAAUUCUGUCUCCUCUGUUGCUGGCUUGCAGGAUUGGGCACUAUGAGCUAUUUUGUCCUCGGGCUAGGUCUUCACCCCAGCACAGGCUUGAAAGGACCCAGCACUAUGUACCUCCUGGCCUCACUGCAGGCUUUUGA